AUGAAGCCGGGCACGGAGCUCGGAUCUCGGCCUGCCGCUGCCUGGGAGCCGGGGCUGUUUCUCCGGAUCUUCACUUCCUGUUACUUCCUCACUUUGCUUUGUCAACAAGUCAGUCAGCUGAUCACCGUGUGCUGCUUCCUGGAUUCCACCAACAUCACGCAGAAACUUGAAAGUGUCAACGAACGAUCAGAGGAGCAGGGUUCGUUUCCCUCGGUGUCUCAGGAGGAGAAGGUGGAGAAGGAGGAGGAUCCGAGGAGAAACUCCUUCAAGCAGCUGUUUGGUUCCAGUGAAACGUUUCUGGUUCCAGGAGAGAAACUCCGUCACAGGAUGGAGCUGACGGGGAAAUUCAUCCUCCAGAGCCGAGCUGCAGAGCAUUACUCAGACGGAGAAGAGGCCGUGAGGAAGCGUCAGUACGAGAAGGCCGUGAUCUGCUUCUCUAAAGCCGUCACACUGCAGCCGGAGCAGAGUGGGCUGUUUGUGGCUCAGGCGGAAUCGUACCUGCAGCUCUGUGACUUCCAGUCGGCAGCCGCCUGCUUUCACAAGGCCGAGCUCCUGGCGCCCGGAGCGUUCAGCUGCCGCUUGGCUUUCACCUACUACCUCCAGGGUCAGUGUCUGUUCCACCGAGCUCUCGUCCCAGAAGCUCUGGACUCGUUCAGUCGAGCCGCGGAGCUGGAGCCCGGCUGCAGAGUCUACGCUGCCAGACGUCUGGCCUGUCUGGCAGCUGCAGGUCGUCACGGUAACUGUCUGAAGCUGGUCAACGAUUGGAUGACAUCGGACGGUCCGACCUCUGACCUUUACGUCCUCAGAGCCCGACUGCACAGACGACUCCAGCAGACGUCCCAGUGUCACCGGGACGUGAGGUCGGCGCUGGCGUUGAACCCGACGUGUCCCGAGGCCUCAGCUCUGCUGCUGCAGCUGCAGGACGCCGGGGAACGAGCCCGACUUCAGGCCGUGGAGCGAGCGCUGGGGGGGCGGCUGCCUGAAGCCGUCUGCAGGAUCAACGCCGCUCUGGAGAACUGUCCCCGGGACGCACGCCUCCACCUGUUCAGAGGGAUUCUCCACCGACGUCUGAAGGACUUCACCGCCGCCAUCGAGGAUCUGGUUCAGGCUGUGGAGCUGAGCGAGGAGGAGGAGGAGGAGGAGGGUGGGGUCAAAGGUCAGGUGGAGGUCAGACACAGGCAGGACGGCCCCUUGGAAGUGGAGGCGGAGUUUCAGCUGGUUCUCACCUACAAUGACUUUGCGGUUCAGUGUUUCAGUCGAGGUCUGUACGCCGAAGCUGCUCUGCUCCUCAACAAGGCCAUCGAGGAGGAGAAGGAGGAGGCGGGACUGUACCUGAACCGAGGAGACUGUUUCUUCAAACAGGGGGAGUGGUGUUACGCUCUGUCCGACUACCAGCAGGCCGAGGAAAUUAUGCGACCGGACGACCCGGCUCUCCGGCUGCGCCUCGCUGUCCUCCACAACACUUUGGGUUCUCUCCACUUCCAGGACGGCCGUUUCCAGGAGGCGGUGGACAUGUUGUCUCUGUCCGUCCACUACGACCCUUCAGCCGCUCGGUCCUAUGAGGACAGAGCCAAGUCCCUGAGGAAGCUGCUGCAGCUGGACCGGGCCCGAGAGGACGUGAUCCGAACCCUGAUCCUGGAUCCCAGCGGCGAGGAGCUGCCUGCGAUGCUCAUGAGUCUGUUCCCUGGACGCUGUGUCUCUGAGGUUUUGUCGAGUCCUGCAGGACAGCAGGUCAGAGGUCAGCUGACGGACGCCAUCCAGGCCUGCGGCGCCGUCUCUGAGCAACCAAGACGCAGCGAGAAGCUCCGACUGACGACUCUGACCAAUGAGAGCACAGCGAUUCAGUCAGGUGACUCGUCAGGAGGAGGAGCUGAGCCGAGGUCGAGUGUGGACCAACAGGAGGCGGAGUUAACUGUGAGGAGCCUCCUGCAAGGGCUGCUGGGAAAAACUUCAUCUUCAUCAUCUUCUUAA